CUGCCGUGACCCCGUGCACCUCCCCGCGGGUGCCCCAGGCCGUCCCCAUGGACCUGCGGAUCGGGCAGCGCGUGGUCAAGCCCCAGGACACGGCGCUGCUGGCCCUGAAGCAGCAGCAGCUGCAGCACCAGCUCUUCCUGGCCAGCCUGCACCAGCAGCAAGUGGAGCAGCUCGCCCACCAGCACGUCAGGGUGGCCAUGGAGUCCCCGCACCGCGAGGCUGAGCCGGGGCAGCAGGAGCAGGAGCUGCGGCAGAUCCUCAACAAGGACAAGAGCAAGCGGAGUGCUGUGGCCAGCACGGUGGUGAAGCAGAAGUUGGCCGAGGUCAUCCUGAAGAAGCAGCAGGCGGCUCUGGAGAGGACCAGCAACGCCCCGGCUGCUGCCCUGCCCUACAGGUCUCAGGAGCUUCUGGAGCCCGAGGGUCCCUCCCCUGCCGUGCUCAGCACAUUCCUGUCCCCCUGUGCUUCUCUCGACCCACCCGAGCAUUUUCCACUGCGGAAAACAGCGUCCGAGCCCAACCUGAAGGUGCGGUGCAAGCCCAGGAAGUGCCUGGACCGGCGCAAGAACCCCCUGACCCGCAAGGAGAGCGCGCCCCCGUCGCUCAAGAGGCGCCCGCCCGAGGCCAUCGACUCGUCCCCCAGCAGCAGCAGCACGCCGGUGUCGGGCUGCAGCUCUCCCAACGACAGCCUGCCUGCCGAGCACGGCGCGCUGCCCGCCGCGGCGCACGAGACGCCUCUGGCCCAGCGGCUGAUGAUGCAGGAGAGCUCCCUGGCGCAGUUCGCCCUGCAGAGCGCGGCCUCGCUGCCGGCCAUCACCCUGGGGCUGCCGGCCACCACCAGCGCCAGGGGCGAGGCCGAGCGCCGGGCGCUGCCGGGCCUGGCUCACCGCGUGCUGCCGGCCGCGCACUCGCCCGUCUUCAUCCCGGCCGGCCUGGAGCAGCGCGAGCCCGGCGGCGCGCCGCCCCCGCGCCUGCAGCCCGUCAUCAUCCUCGAGCCCUCGGGCACGCACGCGCCGCUGGUGGCAGUGCCGGGCCUGGGCGCCGUGCCCUUCUCCUUCGCGCCGUCGCUGGUGCCCGCGGAGCGCCUGGCGCUGCCCGGCCCGCACAAGCCGCUGGGCAGGACGCGCUCGGAGCCGCUGCCGCAGAGCCCCGGCGCCGUGCAGCAGCACCUGCUCUUCCAGCAGCACCACGCGCACUUCCUGGAGCGCCUCAAGCAGCAGACGCACCUGGGCAAGCGCAUGGCCAAGUCCAGCGAGAAGCCCCGGCUGCGGCAGAUCCCGUCCUCGGAGGACAUGGACGCCGAGGGGCCGCUGCCGGGGGUCGCGGCCGAGCCCGGGGACCCCGGCAGGACGCGGGCGGAGCCGCCGCGGCCCGGCAGCAGCGGGAAGGAGCCCGAGAGGACGCCGAGGAUGGGGCAGGCGCAGGAGGAGCUGGUGCUGCAGCAGGCCUUUCUCUGGGACUCCUUCCAGCGGGUGCAGCAGCAGCUCCUCAAGCGCCAGCCCCUGGCCGACCCCCCCGUGGUGCCCCCCGGCCACCGGCCCCUGUCCAGGGCCCAGUCGUCCCCGGCCACGGCCACCGUGUCCCUCCCUGCCCAGGACGCCAAGGCGCUGGCCCUGCCCGUGCAGGAGCAGCCGCCCAAGCCGCACUUCACCACAGGGCUGGUGUACGACUCGGUGAUGCUGAAGCACCAAUGCUCCUGCGGGGACAACAGCAACCACCCCGAGCACGCCGGCAGGAUCCAGAGCAUCUGGUCCCGGCUGCAGGAGCGGGGCCUGCGCAGCCGCUGCGAGUGCCUGCGGGGCCGCAAGGCCACCCUGGAGGAGCUGCAGUGCGUGCACAGCGAGCGCCACGUGCUGCUCUACGGCACCAACCCCCUCAACCGCCUCAAACUGGACAACGGGAAGCUGGCAGGGAUCCUGUCCCAGAGGACGUUUGUGAUGCUGCCCUGCGGAGGGGUUGGGGUGGACAGUGACACCAUCUGGAACGAGCUGCACUCGUCCAACGCUGCCCGCUGGGCCGCUGGCAGUGUCACCGAGCUGGCCUUCAAGGUGGCCACCAGGGAGCUGAAGAACGGCUUUGCCGUGGUGCGGCCGCCCGGACACCACGCGGAUCCUUCCACGGCCAUGGGAUUCUGCUUCUUUAACUCGGUGGCCAUCGCUGCCAGGCAGCUGCAGCAGAAGGGGAAGCUCAGCAAGAUCCUCAUCGUGGACUGGGACGUUCACCACGGCAACGGGACCCAGCAGAUUUUCUACAGGGACCCCGAGGUUCUCUACAUCUCCCUGCACCGCCACGACGACGGGAACUUCUUCCCGGGGAGCGGAGCCGCCGACGAGGUGGGCGCCGGCCCCGGCGAGGGCUUCAACGUCAACGUGGCCUGGGCUGGGGGCCUCGACCCCCCCAUGGGGGACCCCGAGUACCUGGCUGCCUUCAGGACCGUGGUGAUGCCGAUCGCCCACGAGUUCUGUCCCGACCUGGUGCUGGUGUCGGCGGGGUUCGACGCGGCCGAGGGCCACCCGGCCCCCCUGGGCGGCUACAGAGUCUCUGCCAAGUGUUUUGGCUACAUGACCAAGCAGCUGAUGAGCCUGGCGGGGGGAGCCGUGGUGCUGGCGCUGGAGGGGGGCCACGACCUCACGGCCAUCUGUGACGCGUCCGAGGCCUGCGUGUCCGUCCUGCUGGGCCACGAGCCGGAGCCGCUCCCGGAGGAGAGCGUGAGGCAGAAGCCCAACGCCAACGCCGUGCGCUCCCUGGAAGCCGUGAUCCAGGUCCAGAGUAAAUACUGGGUGGCCGUGCAGCGCUGCGCCUCCACGCUGGGCUGCUCCUUCCUGGAGGCUCAGCACCACGAGGCCGACGAGGUGGAGACGGUCACGGCCCUGGCGUCGCUCUCGGUGGCCGUCAUGGUGGAGAAGAGGGCGCAGGAGGAGCCCAUGGAGCAGGAGGAGCCCAUGAACCAGUGACAGGCCGGGGUCCGGCUCCCGUGUGUCCCCCUCGGCCCCGGGGCGCGGCCCUGGACCCCUGGAAGGGACAUUCCACGGAAGGGACAUUCCACG